AUGGAGCAUGAGGCCGCUGACGAACAACUCCAAUUGAAGGCUGCCAUUUGGCGAACCGUGGACCAAAUCGCUCGGGCAGAAGCUGAAAAGAUGGGAAAGACGGUAUCCCAAGGAUUUGUGUCGUCUCUCGCUGAUAUCGUAUAUGCUCAAGCAGUGACCAUGGCGACCGAUUUGGAAAUGUUUGCAAAGCAUGGUAGGCGAAGUACUAUAUCCAUGGAUGAUGUCAAGCUGUGUGCCCGUCGUAAUGAUAACUUGCAUGAAUUGAUUACGGAGGCUGCCCAGAAGAUUUCGCGAAAGAAAUGA